UGCACAUUUUUUUUUACACCUGUUACACUCGUUUUGAUUUCUGUUUUGGUAACCAGUAGUAAAAGUAACAUUAACCGAUAGAAUACCAGGUUUCAAAAAAUGAGCCCUGGGAUCGAUUCAUUCGACUAAAAAUUCUCCAAGGCGGUACCCCAGCAUAGCCACAGGCUAAUGACUCAAACAAGAUACAAGCAAAAUAUACUGAAAUGAUCUUAACGAAAGAAGGUGCAGUUACUCGGCUGAUUAAAACUAGCAGCCAAAUCUUAUCCUACCUUUUCACUUUAACAUUUCUGAGAAAAUAUUACUUUCGUUUUUAUUUCCAAGAAGUGCUUACUUUAGAUACAAUGACCAGCAAAACUUUCCAAGUACAAACAGAGAUUUCGUAGAAAAGUAAUCUAUGGAGCUGUUAUAAUAAAUAGCAGUAUUUCACAGGAGAUAAAUCAUUAACUGCCUGAUGCGUAAUGAACUCAAUUACACUGACUUAUUCCCCUUGUUCACAAGAAUUUUUACUUUCAUUUUGAUUUCCGAGAAACAGAAUCUUCACAAGUAUUACUUUGUCAUUACAUACGUUCACUAUGUUCAUCACACUGUCUCCAAAAGAGAUCCGCUACACUCAAGAUUCUAUUUCUUCAUGUUUUCAAAAUGGAAACGAAAUACAAGAUCUUAUUUCAGACAUUAUCAAGGGUCAAACCACAAUUAAUGAAAUUCGAACAAUCAGAGUUUUCCUUAAAGAUGAGAAACAUUAUAGUGUAGACAAUAGGAGACUUUACGUGUUCAAAGAAGUGCAACGGUUAAAGCAGCCAUAUUUGAGGAUAGGAGUCAAAUUAAUAGACGAAGCUGAUUUUGACGCAGCUAAGUUCACUACAACGAGCGAUGGUUUAUAUAUAAAAGUAAGAAAGGGACCUACAAAUAGAGUACCUAAACAUACAACUGCGCCGACAAAUAUAUAUUCGUUUAGCGCAAGUCCCAGAAGAACAUAUGAAGAAAGUCCCAGAACUACAUAUGAAGAAAGUCCCAGAACUGCAUAUGAAGAAAGUCCCAGAACUGCAUAUGAAGAAAGUCCCAGAACUACAUAUGAAGAAAGUCCCAGACCUACUUAUGAGGCAAGUACCAGAACUACUGAUGCAACUGGAUCUAGUUUCUCCAGUAGAUAUGGAACGGAUAACGUUUACAGACUGGAGACUCCAAUAGUUCCGAAUAUUAUACUUGAAGAACCCACAAAGCCAACACCAGAGAAAUCCGAUGAUCGUUGUUGUGUAAUUCUUUAAACAGUCAUCCUGAUGCUACUGACUCAAAGGAAUAUCAAUUUUAAUUUUCUUGAAUUUUGCUUGUUUUAUUUGAGACGAAAAUGGAACUUAAAUUUAAAUCUCUGAUACUACGGAUGUGAAGUAAGAACCUUCUAGUUUUCUUUACCUUUUUGGCAAAAUUCUACCACCUCAACCCCACAUUUUACAACAAAAAAAAAAAGAUUUAAAGUUACCGGUUUUCUUUUUACCUUUCAUAUUUUUACGGAUAAUAAAAUACAUGCGAAGCAAAAUAUUCAACAAAACACUUCACAAUGUAUACAAAUGGUAUAAAUAAUGAAAAAGAACAAAAAAUAUAUUAGAAAUAUUGGGAUUUUAAUUAAGUUUUCUUUAUAUAUUCAAAUUAAUUA